UAUAAAAUACAUGUUAACGGUCAAACGAUCUGUAGACCAUAAGUUGCCAUGUAACGCUACAGCUGCAUGCGGAUUUUAGGUCAAAACCCCUUGCGAUAACGUCAUAGCUAAUUUGUUGUUCGGCUGCCAGAAAGAUUACGUCACUUACAGUAAACUCCAGCACUGUAUCUCAGUUGCAUUGUACAUUGCGUUGUCACAACAGACACGCAGCAGCCAUUAUGCAUACUGUGCAUCAGUUUCUACCACAUUUUGAAUGAUUUUCUUUUUGAUUGCCCUUUAUAAUGUGUUGUGAUUUAGUGUCUGAGGUGUAAUGUUCCUGUCUCUUAAUAUCUAAUAACUAAUUGAUUUGAUCAGAUAUUAAAAUUGAAGACACACAGUAAGUGCUUAUCAGAAUAUAUCAUACAAAUUAUAAUAUGACUUAAAUAUAUGUUGAAAGUAAGGGGAAUUAGAAUGGCACCUAAGCGAAGGGCAACAUCGAGUGCUAAAGCUGGAGGGAAGAAGGUAAAGGAGGAGCCCCAAGCUCCACCAAAGGACAAGUUUACCUCUGCCAAAGAGGCCCUGAAGGCAGCAGGGCCGGAGGUGAAGGGCUCGCGGAACCCAGACAGCUUUUGUCAUCUAUCAAACGCUGAGAACCAGACUCUAUUGAAAGCAGGCUCUGUUGCCUAGCCACACUCAUGGAAAAGUCACAUGUGAUUGAACAGGUUCAUGAAGAUUUUGACUGUAUGCUUAACCAAACCAACAUUGGACAAAACAACAACAAAUUCUAUGUCAUCCAAGUCUUAGUAUCUGGAGGGAGGUACUAUUGCUGGACAAGAUGGGGCAGAGUGGGGGAAACAGGCCAAAACAAUUUAGCUGGUCCAUCUAACGUUGAUGCAGCCAUUAAAUGUUUUGAAAAGAAAUUCAAAGACAAGACCAAGAAUAAUUGGAGUGAUCGAGAAAACUUUGUGUCACAUUCAGGGAAGUACACAUUGAUAGAGGUAGAUGGAGACCAGGAUGCAGAAGUGAAGGUGGACACUGUAGACAGUGGAGAUGUGAAGGUGAAAAAUGCUCAACAAGUUUUGCCUUGUACAUUGGAUGAGGCAACUCAAAGACUCAUCCGAUUCAUUUUCAACAACGACAUGUUCAAAGAAGCCAUGACGAGCAUGAACCUGGAUAUUAAGAAGAUGCCACUGGGGAAGCUGAGCAAGCAGCAGAUAGCUAAAGGCUUUGAGGCAUUGGAGGAGAUUGAAUCUGCAAUAAAGAAGGGGGAGCAGAAAAAGUUAGAAGACCUCACCAGCAAAUUCUUCACCAUCAUUCCUCAUAACUUUGGCCGCAACAGACCCCCUAUCAUCUCUGAUGAAUCUGUCCUUCAGAGCAAGAAGGAGAUGCUUCUGGUCCUCGCAGACAUUGAGGUUGCCCAGAGUCUUAAAGCUGAGUCUGAGAAAGUCAAAGAAGAGAUGGAGGACGCAGUGCCUCAUCCAGUGGACCAAAACUACCAGUCUCUCAAAUGCAAUCUUACCUUGCUGGAUAAGAAGUGCAAAGAAUUUAAGAUCAUUGAGAAGUACCUAAAUGCCACUGGAGGACAAGAGCUCUCUAUAAUGGACGUCUGGCAAGUUGACAGAGAUGCAGAGGCUGAGCACUUCAGUGAACAUAAUGCUUUGGAGAACAGGAAGCUGCUUUGGCAUGGAACAAAUGUUGCAGUGGUUGCAGCCAUUCUGAAGAGCGGCCUUCGUAUUAUGCCCCAUUCUGGUGGAAGAGUGGGCAGGGGAAUAUAUUUUGCCUCUGAAAACAUCAAAUCUGUUGGCUACGUCCGUCCAUCCAACAACAUUGGGAUUAUGUUUCUAAAUGAAGUUGCUUUGGGAAAAGAGCACACCAUCACACUCGAUGACUCCAGCUUAAGAAAGGCUCCUGCUGGCUAUGACAGUGUAGUUGCACGUGGACAGCAAGAACCAGAUCCUUCGAAAGAUGUCUUCAUUGAGUUUGAUGGUAAAAAGGUGGCAGUUCCUCAGGGAAAAGCCAUAAAACAGCCGCAGUAUGAGAGAAGUUAUUUCUCGAACAGUGAGUAUCUGAUUUAUAAGGAAAGUCAGUGUCGCAUCCGUUACCUCCUGGAGCUACAGUUCAAAAAUCUUUGGGACUAAGUUGAAAAAUGUCCGCUAAAUACAUUUCAACUUCUGUUAUGAGAGUUCACUCUCACUAUAGGGUAUUGAAUGUUAUGAUUAUUGUUUGAGAUCAUUGUUAUAGAAUGAAAGUUAAAUAAAAGAAAAGGGUGACACUGAUUUAAUAGGGCUUUUACUUAUUGAGUUGUAAAGGCUUAUACAUAUUUGAUUAAUACAUGACAUUUUUGAUCAUGUAACCCAAACUUUGGUUUAGUAUAGCUUUAUGUUUACUCGCUUCACCUUCUCUUUGGGUGAGGUUUGAAUGUUUUCCUAAAAAUGCUCUUCUAUAACUGACAAAUUAUUUAUUUAAUUGACGACUGCUGUUUUCUAUAUUGCCAUAAAUAUGUGUAUCUGUGUAUACCUGUUCAGUACAUACAAAAAACAAAUUAGUAAAUGUGUACACCUUUAAACACUGGCCAAUUAUGUUGAAGUAAUAUGCUAUUUUUAUUAAAAUAACAUACAAGUUAAAAAGGGGCAAACUAAAAGUGAUAAAAGAUUGUACAUUUCAUUUGAGAGCAUGUUUGGAAUUUUUCAUUUGGGUGUUUUUAUUUAAUUUAACCCUCAAUUAUAUUUUAAGUAUGUCUGAAUCCAAAUGGUUCUGGUUUACAGUGAGGGUUUUAUGUCGGCUGUUUAUUUUUGUUUCUUCUAACUUUCUGUUUUAAUAUGAUAAUUUCUGUCAAAUGUUCCUUAUUCAAGUUCAGUUUGCACUAAUUCAUGCAAUUAUCUGUGCAUGCAAGCUGCUCAAACAUUUGUAACAAAUAUGUAGGAAAUGUGAUGCCAUAGCCCUUUAAAGACUUUUUGUUUGGUUGGAUGUUUAAUAAUUGUAUUAGUUUGAAGCACUUUUGAUAUAUGCAAUCAUAUAGCACUACGAAGCCAACAGAUAUUUUCCCAAUGUUAUCUUUUUUUUUCUCUCUCUCUUUUUGCGUGUUAGGGUUAUAAAAAACACUAAUUUUGACAUACCAUACAUAUGUUAUGGUCCGCUUUGCAGUAGUGUUAUAAUGUAAGGUUUGCCUUUAUCAAUGUUAAUGUGAGUACCAGCCUCCAUAGUGAAAAGAAAAGCCUUGACUAUAAUAAAUCAUUAUAUUUCAACACUU